GAUCUGCAGGUCCUAGUGGAUGAGCCCGACUGUGACCGGCCUCCUGUGUCCUGUCACACCAAUCAUCCGACGACAGUCUUACAAGGUUGACCUGGUUACCAAGAGGCCUGUGUUCCUAUCCCAUCAUGCGUCACCUCACCACCCUCUUCCUCCUGGUGCUGCUCCUGCGGACAGCUGAGUCCCGGAGAGGCCCUCGGUCAGGGGCUGUGGAGAGGGGUGCUAGGGGCCGUGUACGGGGCAGAGGCAGAGCCGGAGUGAUGAGACGUCAAACUCAGGAGUGUAAGGAAUACAUGGAGGCAGGAGAGAAGUACCUGGACUGCCAGGACAGACAGCUGACCACCGUGAUGCAGGACUGGCCCAAAGAUAUUCACCAUCUGCUGUUGGCAAGAAAUAAGAUUCAGGUUUUGAGGGACAACAUGUUCUCCCAGUUCACCCAGCUGAAGAGCCUGGACCUCCAGCAGAAUGACAUCUCCAUGGUAGAGGAUGGAGCAUUCAGCGGCCUCUCGCAGCUCACCACCCUACUUCUCCAGCACAACGGACUGAAAACAGCCUCCGAGGAGGUCCUGCUCCCUCUGUCCCGCCUUACCUACCUCCGUGUCUAUGACAAUCCCUGGAGCUGCCACUGCUCAUUGGACAGCCUGGUCAGGGCCCUGCAGGUGCCUAGCAACCGCAACCUGGGCAACUACGCCAAGUGUGUGGAGCCCCAGUCGCUGAGGGGCCAAAAGCUGAAGAAGCUGAAUGUGGACUUGUUGUGUGCGAAUGACAACCAGGUGGACAGGAGGCCGGGACGCGAAGAGGGAGGGCAACCGAGGCCUCCACCAUUCAAAGUGAAGCCAGAGGCCACGUCCAUGUGCCACACCUACAUGUUCCCUAAACCUCUGCUGGACUGCAGCAACAAAGAUCUGAAUAACAUCCCAUCUGACCUACCAUCUGACAUAGUGAAGAUGGAUCUGUCCAGUAACAGCAUCAAACAUCUCAGGCCCAAACAGUUCCUGCUGUCCAAAGACCUCAAGCUGCUCAACCUCAGCAGCAACAGCCUGCACCAUAUAGACACAGCUGCAUUUGCAGGCCUGCUGUACCUCCGUGAGCUCGACCUGUCCAACAACAGCCUCCAUUACUUCCAGUACGGUGUGCUGGAGGACCUCUACUUCCUACGGAAGCUUUCGCUGGAGAACAACCCCUGGAUCUGCGACUACAACAUCCACUACCUAAUCUACUGGCUCAAGCACCACCCUGGCGUCUUCUACACUGGCCUGAUCUGCUCCGAGCCGCAGGAGUUCAGGGGCUGGCGCGUCGAAGAUUACGUCAAGACCUACAACGGGGAAUGUCCCAAGGAUAAACAAACUGGAGGGAUGGAUACGGGACAGGGAGGACAAGGGGGGACAGACAAUGAUGCUCAGGAGGUAGUGGGGGAGACGAGCGAGAGGCAGGGCGAGCGCCUGCCUCAGCCUCUGAAAGAGAAGAAGCCCAACAGGUUUGAGAUCAUCAGGCUGAGUUAGAAUGGAGGUGGAUCAGCGGACUGGUGUGGUUUAGUUUGGAGUGAGCGAGUCUGUGGACAGGCUGAAGAAUGGAUUAAUAAAGGUAGACUCAAUGAUUUGAUUUGACAUGUAAAAGUACAAUUCUGGAAUAAACUCCAUUAUUUGUCCUUAA